CCACACAUAGCAACCAGGAUGACCGGGAUUAUUUUGUUCCUCUUGUUUCAGGUGUUGUCUCUUUCCAAAGGAGAGGAGCAUGCUGGAAAUGAGCUGUACAUGCUGAUAGAAAAGGGUCCGACCAGCUUUGUGGACCCAGUACCAAGCAAUCAGAGCAGGGUUCUUGUUAAAGAACCCUCGCUGCCCAUCAAUGAGCUUUUAGAGAAAAGCAGUAAGAGCAGCGAGGCAAAAUUCAACCUCCACCCUCUCCCCGCUGCUGUUUGGCCAAAACACAGUGAUCUGGCCCCUAUCCCUCGCCACCACAACCCCCACAACAAGAGCAAGAAGGGCCCUAAGAGUGACCGCCUGGUAGAGCACAACAGUGAGAAAACUAGAGAAGUAGUGGGUCCGCUUCCCAAAAUCCCACUGACAGGAGCCACAGCUGUUGUCACCAACCGAACCGUGCAGAAACCCAGCCAGGACGCCCAGCCCAACAUCAGUCCCCCUCAGCAGAGUGAACCAGAGGGGCACCCCAACUCCAGACCCAGGGGGCCACCUCUAACCCUGCCAGCUCAGCCUCAACCACAGGCCCCUUCCCCACGCAGAGAUCCCCCAACCCGAAAACUGGACCCCGAGGAGAACCGACCGGGAAAGUCCAGCCUCUAUCAGUCAGUGCCCCGGAACAACAGCCGCCCUUCUGUUAUCUACAACCGCCGCUCCUCCAGCCUGCUUUAUCAGUUCGAUGUCCUGAGGCGAGAGUCAGACUUCACACAUGAUGCCUUCUGCAUGAGCGAGUGCAGGAAGGAGAAGGAGGAGAGGGAAUAUUACUGCUACAGCGAGUUUGCUGUCAAUGGGAUUGUUCAUGACAUUGACGUGCUGCGUAAAGGAAUCCGCCUCAUCACACUGAUGGUGAGCAGCGAUGGCUUCUACAAGAUGAGUCGUCUCUACGUGACGCCCGACAGCUUCUUCUUCAAAGUUCGCCUUCUGGUCCUGGACACGUACAAGUGCAGCAAGCCAUGUCCUGACAUCAAACUUGGGACCAGAUAUAUCAUAAUGGGCCAGAUCUACCACCGGAGGCGCCAUCUUCCCACUGACCUCCUGAACCUUCUCGGUGGUAAACUGAAGCCUGGGGACGGCCUACUGCGAAGCAACAACUAUGUCAAGAGGUUCAACAAACGGAGACACCAGAAAGCUUUGGAGGCCACCCGCUCCAGGUGUAGGUGAACUAAACACAGACUAUCACCCCCUGCUGCAGGGGAAGAGACAUUGCAGCAUAUCUGAACUGAUUAUAACUCGCUCCCCAGUGUUGUGCAAGACAGAGGAGAUUGUGCAGAAGGCAUGGAUUUACUUUGUAUGGACUGCUUUAAUGUAUUCUAACCUUGGUGCACCUUUUACACAUCUGUUAGGUUCCCAACAUGUUGAAACUUGGACUCUCUGAUGGCAUGCCCUUUCCAUUAAAUGGAUCUUGAAUGUUUAUUUUGAAAUUUUUGGGGAAUCAGAGACCUAAGCCCUCUGUUAUCAUCUCAAAACUUAAGGCUGAUAUCAACAACUUCAUGUUAACUCCUCAUUCAUUCAUGGCUGGUACAUGAAACACCUUAAUUAAAAUAUAUAUCAAGUCCAC